CACCUAGACGAAGUUUCUGAACGCAGUCCUACUUGGUUUUCUCAGCCUUUGUUUUUGAAAGCACAAGUUGAUAUUACUAGUAAAUAAAAAAUGUAUCCUUUAAAAUGUAAUCGUGUAAUAUUUAUAAUUUUUUAGAAUUGUGUAUGCUCAACUAUUUCCAUCAGACUGUUUUUUAUGCCUUAUUUUGUUAAAAGAGAGGAUUAAAAAAUAAUGAAAGUGUAACAAAUAUUUAAACGAAAAUUAGGGUUAUUUUAGCAAGUAUUUAAUAUGGGAUUUCAAGUUUCUUGUACAUAUUGAAUUUUUUUCAUAGUAUUUCAAAUGCAUAUUUCAUUUAACCUUUAAAUAUGUUUACAUGUGUACUCAAACUGUGCUACUUUUGAUAUUGCAUUUUCAAUACUUUAAAUGGGCAUUAUAUACUUUUUAAAAUAUUAUAAACAACAUGGAUGUAGAAGUUUCUAUAGCUGAGCGCUUACAAAAACUAAGACAAUGGCAAGUGGAACAACAAGAAAGAUUACUGACACAACAACGAAUACAAAGGGAGAUUUUAAGUAGCGAGCAAGAUCGUAUUUGCAAAGUACUUGGCUUACCAAUAAACAGUGAUGUUAUAGAAGAUACAGACGACAUGUAUGCUAUGCAUGAGAUUGGGAUGGAUGUAAAAGAAACAAUGUCUGAUUGUGAAACUUCAAUACUCCAAUGCAAUGUGAAAAAUCCAAAUGAUGUAUUAAAAAUUAUCGAUAAAAGAACAUCAACGAAUGCUGAUCCAAUACACAAAAGUUUUAAUGAGAAGCAAUGUGAUGAUUCUGAUUGCAUUUCCACAAUUGUUGAUAAAGGUAGAAAGUCUGUGAAAGAUUAUAGUUCUAGUGCAUUGUCACAGAAAAAAGAAUUAAGUGAUUCAUUAAUAGAAGGGAUAAUGCCGUUACCAUCAAAUGAUAUUUCGGAUAGAUGUGCCUCAAUCGACGACAUUCCUCUUCCUUCACCUAAAAAAGAUUUUCAAACAAUACUAGAAGAGAAAUUAAAGAAAGAAUUAGAAAUUAUGCCAAAUACGCAUGCUGAUAUGAAGAUUAAGCCAAAGAGACCAUUCCUAAAGAAAGGUCAGGGAUUGUCAAGAUUUAAAAUGUCUACAAAUUUAUAUCCUCUGACAAUAACUAUGAAAAAAAAUAACAUGCCUUUAUCCUCUAAUAGACAACGCAUUGAUAGAAAUGAUAAAAGCAAGAGCUCGACUGUACAUAAAUGUGCAUUUCCGAAAAUUUUGGAUAAUUUUCCUAUUGCAAAUGGAAAGCGGCAAUUAAACUUGAAAACUGUUCCAUUACCGAAAAAAAAGAUUGUUAAUAAACCUGUUACUCCUGCUAAUCGAAUCACAUGUAACGUUACUUCUAAUCGAUCAAAACAUCUAUCAGAAAUGAAUACAUCAGACUGUGAUUCAAAAGCAGCGAAAGAAUUAGAGGAGGUAAGAAUAUUUGAACUCUUAGAAGAAAAGGCGGAAAAUUCUAGUUUCUGUUCAACAUCAAGCACAGUACUUGCAUUUUUGCAGCAGUCUACGCCAUUUAAAGUAAAGAACAGAUUAAAUCAAACAAGUGAGGACAAUAGUAUUGUCGCGACUAAGAAACAGCAAGGUGAUGAACAAACAAGCGAAAUGCUCGAGCAAGAGGCAAUGAUUCAACAAAAAGCUGCACACACUGAAAAUUCAAAAUCGACUGUACAAUGCCAAGUUGAACGAUUUGAGCUUGAUAAACAUUCUCGCAUUAAUGCUGCCACUAUUGAUUCCUACUGGGAUACUAUAACUAUUGACGAUAUUCCAGAAAAGAGAAAAGGGAUACAGAAUUGUUUUAUAUCUGCUAAUCGAGUAUUGCAAAGCAAGGAAGCAUGCACAAAUUACUCAGAAAAUCGUGAUGCUAUUGUCACAGUAUUGUCAAAUAGUGAUGAAGAGAGAGACAUCACGGUAAAUGAACAUAAUUUAAUGCAUGAUAGGGAAGUGGACGCCAGCCAUCACGUUAGAUUUGCAGAAUAUAAUGAAUAUAGAACCAUAGAUUCAAUAGAUAUGUCUGACACGGCAAGUGAUUCUCCUUUGAAAGAUUAUUUUGAACAACAGAGUUGGAAUCGUUCCAUUGACAUAUCAGAAUCAUCUGAUGUUAAGAAGAAGCUACCAUUUAAUUACGAGAAACAAAUAAAUGAUUCUCCUCUGAAAAUUGUCAGCAUUGAAAACACGAUUGGUACUCCAAAACAAUUGUCUUUGCUACAUGAUGUAACAAAACGUAACAAAAAAGAUUUAUAUAGUUAUAUAAUGAAAACUGUACAUGCUCCUGAAGAAGAAAAUGCUUUAAGUUAUAAAGACGAAUCGCCCAACGAUGAAGCGUGCUAUGAUAAUGAAUGUACGCCGAUAAUUGAAGAAAUUGUUCAAACGUCUGACGAAGAGCCGAUAAUUGAAGAAACUGUUCAAACGUCUGACGAAGAGCGAUCCAUUUUGUCGUCGCCAUUAUCAUCAUCAUCAUCGUUAUUGUCAGACAUUCGAAAGCCAUCGAGUGCACACGAAAGAAAAAAAUAUGUAUUGAGAAGCGAGCCAGAAAAAGUAACAGAGAAAAUAGCGAAAAUAUAUUCGAAUGUGGGAGAGAUCGAUUAUCCAUCUGAGGAACGGAUGAAUCAAACAAACACUUUCGAGACAGAUCUUUUGAAAAACCGUUUAUUAGAACUUGAGAAAGAAAUAGAUAUAUUUCGAAAGGAAAGUUCAGCCUUGUUGUUUCAGCGACGAAAAUUGCAAGAAGACGAGACAAUUCUACGUAAACAAUACGCAGAGAAAGAAAAGAAUUUCGAAGAGAAUAAAAGAAGAGUACAAAAUCAAUUGGAAGAGGAGAAGAAGAGAAUAGUGCGCGAGAAGAUAGCAAUGGAGAAUAGAAUUCGCGAUGCUCAGGAAAAGGCGAGGCAAAAUAAAAUGGAAAGACAAAAGGCACAAAAUCUACAAGAACAAUUGGAAGAACUGAGAGAUGAGCUAAAUAUCAAAGAAAGCAGGUGGAAUGCUGCUGAAUCACGGUAUAAGAGCGAGCUUCGUGUGUUACGAGUAGAAAUAUCGAGAUUGAAACAAGAAAUCGCACAUCUGCAGAAUAUUAAGAAAACAAACGUCAGAAAUCUUAGGAAAAGUACAGGACAAGUAAUUACGAAAGCUAUCAAUCAAAUUAACAAACGCGUCGUCGUGACUUCAUCCAAAGAGACCUCAAUGAAGACAUGUCAAGAUUUAUCGAAUACUUCAUCAGAUACCUCCGUUCACGACAAUGACAACGAAAAUGAAGACAGAACUAGAAGCAAGCCAAUCAUGAAAGUAGUUAAUGUGAAUGAUGAUGAUUUUGGACAAAUAGAAGGUAAUGAGACAUCUAUAAAUGAAGUAAAGUAUAAACAAGUUGAGAUUGAUUCACAGCCUAAACGCAAUCAGAAAUACCCGGAAGGGAACAUUGUGGAAAAAAAGCGGCAUUUAUAUGAAAAUUUACUAAAAGAUGCAACAUCGGAUUUAGUAGAAGAUAAAAUUUCAUUUCAUACGAAGCAGGAUAUGUCGAGUGAUUCUCAAACAAUAGCCAGACAAAUACAGAAUUCAAGUGUAAAAAGCAAUAAUAAAUCUUAUUUUACGAACAAAGAUCUUGGGCAGCCUACAACAGCUUAUGUUACGAAAAAUACAGAGUAUUAUAUCGACAGAUCUCGUGAGGCAAAUCAGGAUUCAGAAAACGACGUAAUAAUAGAAAAAGAAAAAAAAACAGAUCGAACAUUAUCGCCUGAAAAGAAUAUAAGUUCUACAUUGCAUCCCUCCUCUUUUCCGAAUCAGAAUAGUAAGACAAGUAUGGACAAUGUGAAACAGAUUCAGUUUCCUGACGGACGCAUAGAGUACUGGUAUCCGAAUGGUAACGUCAAAAAAAUUUUCCCCGAGCAAGAAGUUACAAAAAUGAUUUAUUAUAACGGAGAUGUUCGUGAAAUCGACAAGAAUAGAAAAGUAAGAUAUUUUUAUGCUACAACUCGAACGUGGCAUACAACAACUCCCGAUGGCUUAGAAAUUUUAGAAUUUCCUGAUGGUCAAGUAGAAAAGCGUAUGUCUGAUGGCACUGUCGAAGUGUUGUUCCCGGACGGAAUAGUAGCGCAAACUUUUAUUAACGGCGACAAAAUUUUGACUCUACCAAAUGGUCAAAAAGAAAUUCAUACAAAAGCACAUAAGAGACGAGAAUAUCCUGAUGGUACCGUAAAGUUAGUUUAUGUGGAUGGUACCCAAGAAACACGUUAUUCUAAUGGAAGAAAACGGAUAAAAGAUAAAGAUGGCAAUCUUUUGAUGGAUUCGUAUGAUAUAUAAAUUUCCAUUUCUUUUUCCAUCGAGGAUUUUCUUUUCAAUGAAAUGAAUUUAAAAAUAAA